GUAAAGAGCGCGUGAGCCGGGGACCAGGGCUUACGCGCCGGCGAGGCGAACCCCGCGCUCUCGGCAGGGGAACUUCCUCCCGCGCCAGGCUGGAGCUCCGCGCUGGCGGGAGAAAAAAGGAAACAGCAAAAUAUUUAUGGAUAUAUCUGAAUCCAGAGCCCAAAUGAACUUCAAGAAAUGAGUAUGGGAUUCUUGGUUUUUCAAGAUCUAUACACAUCCAACGCUUAAUUGCCACAGAUCCAGUGCCCAGACUUUCUCUGGUUUUGUGAAGACCAAGCAAAACUCUGAUGAUGGAAAAAAAAAGGACUUAAUUACUUACAUAUCAUCUAACAUCAACUGAAAAGUGAACAAGGUGGUGGUACAGUCAUGGAAAGAAAUUCAAGUUUAUGGAAGAACCUAGUUGAUGAGCACCCAAUCUGCACAAGCUGGAAACAAGAAGCCGAAGGGGCAAUUUAUCAUCUUGCCAGUAUUUUAUUUGUAGUAGGUUUCAUGGGUGGAAGUGGAUUCUUUGGGCUUCUCUAUGUCUUCAGUUUGCUAGGACUGGGCUUUCUCUGCUCUGCUGUGUGGGCUUGGGUAGAUGUCUGUGCAGCUGACAUAUUUUCCUGGAAUUUUGUACUGUUUAUCGUCUGUUUCAUGCAGUUUGUUCAUAUUGCAUAUCAAGUUCACAGCAUAACCUUUGCAAGAGAAUUCCAGGUGUUGUACAGUUCCAUUUUCCAGCCUCUGGGGAUCACUUUGUCUGUCUUCAGAACAAUUGCCUUGAGCUCUGAAGUGCUUACAUUGGAAAAGGAGCACUGCUAUGCUAUGCAGGGGAAAACCUCCAUUGAUAAACUCUCUCUGCUUGUUUCAGGAAGGAUCAGAGUGACAGUUGAUGGAGAAUUUCUGCAUUACAUUUUCCCCUUUCAGUUCCUGGAUUCUCCCGAAUGGGAUUCACUGAGACCCACAGAGGAAGGCAUUUUUCAGGUAACCCUCACAGCAGAAACUGAUUGUCGAUAUGUUUCUUGGAGGAGAAAGAAAUUAUAUUUGCUCUUUGCUCAGCAUCGUUACAUCUCUCGCCUGUUUUCCAUUUUAAUUGGCAAUGACAUUGCAGAUAAACUAUAUGCUUUGAAUGAUAGAGUAUAUAUAGGAAAAAGAUACCACUACGAUAUUCGGUUACCCAACUUUUAUCAAAUGUCAAGUCCAGAAAUACCCAGAUCACCCCUAACAGAAUCUUUUUGGAAUUCCAGACAAUAUUGUGAUAAAUGACAUCAGAGUCUGAUGUUUUAUAAUUAUAAAAAAGACUCUCUUCAUCAUUCCCCAAAUGAAAUAGCAAAAUAUAGAAAAUUGAGCUCACGAAUAUUUUUAUAACUCAAACUCAGAGGCUAGAUGCCAGUGCCAGCUGUUUUAUUCAUCUCAACUUCUACAUUGUGAAUAAAUUUUUCACAGUUUUCUUGUAUUUCUUAUUCUUAUAACUGGGGGGGGGGAGGUGUUAGUAACUAUGGGAAGUUUACCUUUUUUGCAUCAGAAGUAGGAGAAUGAAAUUUUGUAUUCUCAGAUAUUUUAUCAGAUUUAUUCAAAUCUAUUGUUGUGCCCUCUCAAGUUAAGCUUUGUUUCCCAAGAAUCAGCCAGCAAGUGCUGAGUAUGGGUUGCUAUAGUCUACAAUGGCAUUUCCAGAAUUCGCUGUAUUGCUGUAACCUCUGAUGAAAGAUAGAUGUAUUGUUGUGGUGGGCAGCAAUUAUUUAUUUUUAAAUGUGAAGUUAUUUUAAAUGACCAAAAAGUAGAAUAAA